AUGGCGUUUUUGAAGAAAUAUGUCAGGCUGUGCCUUUGCACCAUCUUACUCUCAGACUUCACCAACGCUGUAACUCUCGACAUCACAGACGCAACUUCGAUACGCAAUGCAUCAAAAACUGUCGCGCAAGGCUUGAUGGCUUGGUACGCCGGAAACGACACUGGAGGCACGCCUGGUAUCUUGCCAGGCCCCUAUUACUGGUGGGAAGCAGGAGGAAUGUUCGGCCACAUGAUCAACUACUGGUACUACACCGGAGACGACUACUACAACUCGAUCGUUUCUACGGCCAUUCAAUUUCAGGUCGGCACAGGCGACGACUUCCUACCAGCAAACCAGACAAAAGAUGAAGGCAAUGAUGAUCAGGUCUUUUGGGCAUUCACAGCCAUGGACGCCGCCGAACUCAACUUCCCAGAAUCUACGGUCGAAAAUGCGCCUUCUUGGCUUUCUCUGGCACAAGCAGUAUUUAACGAAAUGGCUGGACGAUGGGACACUAGCACCUGCGGUGGUGGUCUUCGUUGGCAGAUCUACACCUUCAAUGCAGGAUACGAUUACAAAAACUCGAUUUCGAACCUGGGUCUGUUUCAGUUAGCCGCGCGUCUGGCUCGAUACACGAAUAACGCGACUUAUACCGACUGGGCCGAGAAGUCAUGGCAGUGGUAUGCUGACUCUUCGCUCUGGGAUGUUGAGACAUAUCAAGUCUUUGACGGCACGAGUACGGACGACAACUGUACUUCGGUGGACCACUUUGAAUGGACAUACAACUAUGCAGCUGCGAUCAGCGGUGCAGCAUACAUGUACAAUCAUACCUCGGAUCAAAGCUGGCUAGACAUCGUUGAAGGCCUCCUCAACACCACAUUCACCACAUUCUUCCCCACCACAAUGGGCGACAAGAUCAUGGUAGAGAUCACUUGUCAACCCCUCGGCAACUGCGAUACAGAUCAGUUGUCCUUUCGCUCCUAUCUCGCCCGCACGCUGGCGGUGACCACACAAUUGAUACCUUCUCUGCACGAGACCAUCUACCCCUACCUCCGCGCAUCAGCCCAAGGCGCCGCUGCCCAAUGCGAUGGCGGUAAUACUGGCGCAAUCUGCGGCAUGGAAUGGAACACCACGAUUUGGGAUGGAACGUAUGGCGUCGGACAAGAGAUGUCUGCUCUUGCGGUUAUUCAAUCGUUGAUGCUGGAUACGCAAGAUGCUGCAUUUGUUGCUCCAUUGACAGCAUCUACGGGUGGUAAUAGUACGAGUAAUCCCAGUGCUGGUACAGGAAGUAGUAGUUCUACAUUUGAGCCUUCUAUUGCUACCAGACAGAUCACUACUGGUGAUAGGGCGGGGGCUGCGAUACUGACGAUCUUGAUCUUGGGGUCGAUAAUUGGGGGGUCCAUUUGGUUGAUAUGGGAUUAAGCGUGACUUACCAACAGGAAUGAAGUCAUGUUUGGGGGUAGGGAAUAGGAUGUUAUCGCAAUGAAAUGAAUUACGAAAGCGCAG